GGGCAGGGUGAGCGCAGUGCCCGCAGGUGGCCUGGGAGAGAGCAGGAGCGCGCUCACACCACGUUUCCGACAGGCCUUUGCACAGACUGAUCCCUCUGCCUGCGCUCUGCGAGGAGAGGGACGUGGGAAGGGAAAGGCAUCGGGAGUGAAGGAUGAGCCGGGGACACCUCGCCCCAGAGCUGCAGAGUGCCCGCGCUGCGCCCGCCUGCCGCUCUCCCCGCUCUCCCCGCCCUCCCCGCCUGCAUCCGGCCGCCCAGGGGCUUGCAGACGCUGCUGGCGGCUCUCGGGCUCCAGGAGGGCGGACCGCAGGGCCUCGGUCGCGGGAGCUGAGGGCCUGGGAGGCCAGUUCUCCGGGGCGCCCGGGGCAGCCUCGCCGCCGGCCCUCCUCACUGGAAGGAGACGCUGCGGAGCAGAGCGGUGCUUUUUCUGCAGUUUGCGGGGACCUGCUGGGGCCUGAGCUCUCUAGUCGGCCAGUCCCGGAGGGGCAGCAUCGUGGUGGACUCUGCCCCUUCCAGGUGGCUCCCAGGAAGGCAGGGGGGGACUGCGUCCCUGUCGUCGUCCCUCCCAGACGAGAGGAAAGACUCCUGUUGGGCAAAACUUCGAUUUCCCUGUGCGUCUAACUCUGGGAGUGUGCAAGAUCUGCCAAAGCAUAGAGGGUUUCAUUUUUCACUUGCUGGUGUUUGAGGAAAACUGCAAGGAUUGAGUGGUAAGAGGAGGAAGCUUAUCAACUUCGGGAGUGGGAACCUCUUCUUGGAAGUGACAAGUAGCCUCAGACCUACGGUUCCUGGGCCAGUGACGUCGUCCUUUGCUCGGACACUCUGAAGGGGCUGGACGCUGCCACAUGACCCACACCAAAGACCCCAGGAGAGCCAUGGAAUCCACGCUGGCGCCAUCCAGUUCUGCCACGGGCCCGGUCACCUUCUCCCACGUCUUUGGUCAGCAGUGCCAGCUCAUGGAAGCAGCUGUGCAGUCACUGCACACCCUAAAUGACCAGAUAUCCCAUUUUAUUGUCACCAAGUCGAAGGCACUGGAAGAAGACAAAGACCCCUUUCUACCCACUGAGAAAGAGACUCUGAAGAGUUCCAUGAUCCUGAUGAGGCACCUCUUAAUGGAUGCUCAGGCCAAAAUCCUGAGCAUGAUGGAAGACAAUAAGCAGCUCGCGCUCCGCAUCGAUGGGGCGGUCCAGUCGGCCAGCCAGGAGGUGACCAACCUGCGAGCCGAACUCACGGCCACCAACCGGAGACUGGCGGAACUGAGCGGCGGCGGCGGCCCGGGCCCGGGCCCGGGAGCAGCGGCCAGCGCCUCGGUGGCGGCGGACCCGGCGGCGGCGAACAUGGAGAACCACCAGCACGGCGCGCAAGUGCUCCUGCGGGAAGAAGUGUCUCGACUCCAGGAGGAAGUCCACCUUCUCCGCCAGAUGAAGGAGAUGUUGACGAAGGACCUGGAGGAGUCCCAGGGCGGCAAGUCCUCCGAGGUCCUCUCGGCCACCGAGCUCAGGGUCCAGCUGGCCCAGAAGGAGCAGGAGUUAGCCAGAGCCAAAGAAGCCUUGCAGGCCAUGAAGGCCGACCGGAAGCGCCUGAAGGGCGAGAAGACGGACCUGGUGAGCCAGAUGCAGCAGCUGUACGCCACGCUGGAGAGCCGCGAGGAUCAACUGCGCGACUUCAUCCGCAACUAUGAGCAGCACCGCAAGGAGAGCGAGGAUGCCGUCAAAGCCCUGGCUAAGGAGAAGGACCUGCUGGAGCGCGAGAAGUGGGAGCUGCGGCGCCAAGCCAAGGAGGCCACGGACCAUGCCACGGCGCUGCGCUCCCAGCUGGACCUCAAGGACAACCGGAUGAAGGAGCUGGAGGCCGAGCUGGCCAUGGCCAAGCAGUCCUUAGCUACGCUGACCAAGGACGUCCCCAAGCGGCAUUCACUCGCCAUGCCCGGGGAGACGGUGCUCAACGGCAACCAGGAGUGGGUGGUGCAGGCCGACCUCCCGCUGACCGCGGCCAUCCGGCAGAGCCAGCAAACUCUGUACCACUCACACCCCCCCCACCCUGCAGACCGGCAAGCGGUCAGGGUGAGCCCCUGCCACUCCCGGCAGCCCUCUGUCAUCUCCGAUGCGUCUGCCGCCGAAGGAGACCGGUCAUCCACGCCCAGCGACAUCAACUCCCCUCGACACCGGACACACUCCCUCUGCAACGGCGACAGUCCCGGCCCAGUACAGAAGAACCUGCACAACCCCAUUGUACAGUCACUAGAGGAUCUUGAAGACCAAAAACGGAAAAAGAAGAAAGAGAAGAUGGGAUUCGGCUCCAUCUCGCGCGUCUUCGCCAGAGGGAAGCAGCGGAAGUCCCUCGACCCCGGCCUCUUUGAUGAUUCCGACAGCCAGUGCAGCCCCACGCGGCAGAGCCUCAGCCUGUCGGAGGGCGAGGAGCAGAUGGACCGGCUGCAGCAGGUGGAGCUGGUCAGGACCACCCCCAUGUCCCACUGGAAGGCUGGCACCGUCCAGGCCUGGCUGGAGGUGGUCAUGGCCAUGCCCAUGUACGUCAAGGCCUGUGCAGAGAACGUGAAGAGCGGGAAGGUGCUGCUGAGCCUGAGUGACGAGGACCUGGAGCUGGGUCUGGGCGUGUGCAGCUCCCUGCACCGACGCAAGCUCCGGCUGGCCAUCGAGGACUACCGCGACGCCGAGGCGGGCAGGAGCCUGUCCAAAGCCGCUGACCUGGACCAUCACUGGGUGGCCAAGGCCUGGCUGAAUGACAUCGGGCUGUCCCAGUACUCUCAGGCCUUCCAAAACCACCUGGUUGACGGGCGAAUGCUGCACUCCCUGAUGAAGCGGGACCUGGAGAAGCACCUGAAUGUGUCCAAGAAGUUCCACCAGGUCAGCAUCCUGCUGGGGAUCGAGCUGCUGUACCAAGUGAACUUCAGCAGGGAGGCCCUCCAGGAGCGCCGCGCCCGCUGCGAGACACAGAACAUAGACCCCGUGGUCUGGACCAACCAGCGGGUGCUCAAGUGGGUGCGGGACAUUGACCUGAAGGAGUACGCGGACAACCUGACCAACAGUGGCAUCCAUGGUGCUGUGUUGGUGCUGGAACCCACGUUCAACGCCGAGGCCAUGGCUACUGCCCUGGGCAUCCCCAGCGGGAAGCACAUUCUCCGGAGACACCUGGCAGAGGAGAUGAGUGCCAUCUUCCACCCAGCCAACUCCUCAGGCAUCCGGGAGGCUGAGCGUUUCGGAACACCCCCAGGGAGGGCCUCCAGCAUCACCCGGGCGGGGAAGGAGGAGAACAGCGGUGGUAUCAAGUACAAGGCUGGCCGGCUGCCCCUGGGGAAGAUAGGAAGGGGCUUCAGCAGCAAAGACCCCGAUUUUCAUGACGACUAUGGCUCCCUUCAAAAUGAAGACUGUGGAGACGAUGAUCCCCAGGGCAGGCCAGAGCAGUGCCGUCCAGAAGGCUACAAUGGCCUCGAGGUCACCAAUGUGUAAGGAGUGGACGCCCCACCAGACCCAGCACGGACACACCCGCCGAGGAUGAGUAGCCAGAUGCUACCACCACUGUACAUAGAGACCCCGCGGGCCGAGGAUGCUCCCCUGCCCCCGGGCAAAACCCCAGCAGACUACUGCAGUUUCAGAUGGGGGCUCCAGGGAACAAGGAGGCACGAGCCUGCCUGACUCGAGCUGGUUGUGCACCUUCCUGCUCAGUGGAAGGACCUGUCAGCCCAGCCUCUCUGUCACCUGGGCUCCCCCUCAGAGUGACUGUCAGCCACUGAGCAGUCCAGGCGGUCCCUGGAGCCUUGAACUGAGCUGCCAAGGUGGGAGGAGGCCGGCGGUUCCCCCAAACACCGUCCCAGAAGGAGCAGGCGGGACUCCAACCAGACACAUGGUGCUGGGAGCCAGCAAAGCCUGAGGCUGACCAGUGGGCCCUUCUGGCCAGCCCGGUGGAGCUCUUGGCUCCGGCACCCAUGCUCCCCAUGACUGAGAACUCCGGUUCUGACUUGGGUCACUGAAUCUCUCUUGGGAGAAUGCACAAUGGGACGGUCAUUCCCUGCUACCCUAAAAGCUGUGUGUCGCAUGGGGCUGGACAUUUAGAAAAGCUAUUUGCCUUCUCCUCCCAUGAGUGGCUGCACUGGGCCGAGGCAGGUGGAUGAUCCAGGCAGGGGCGGGGCUUAGCAGUGACAUUUCCAGGAAAUGCAGAUUUCCUGUCGUCAGGAUAAAGGAUAUCCUGAGGAUAGGAGCGGGGAUGAUGGACUUAAGUCAGCGACAACCAAGAGUGACAGUGGGUUUGGGACUGGAAGCAGGGAAAUACUUGUCAUUGUUGACCCAACAGACGUUUGUUGUGAUGUCUCGGUCACCUGAAACAGGUGUUGAUGUGCCCUCAUUGAGGUGAAUCUUGCAGAGCAAAGUCAUCAAGGUGGUGGAGAGAACCCCCCAGCCCUUUUCCUGACUCUGCCACUGUUCUGCUAUGUGGUUUCUUCCCAGUGGCCUCACCUCUCUGUGCCUCAACGUCUUCAUCUACAAAACUCCUGGUUCCCUCCCAGGGACGCUGUGAGAAUUAACACUUGCUAACGUCUAUAACACACUUCGUAACCUCUCAGGAGACAGGUGGGAAGGUAUGGGGACAGAAGGAAGCAUCCGAUUUCCCAUUUACAACACAGAACUGACAUUGAAAUAGUCCUCUGCAGCUGUGUUCUGGUUGGGGCCACGUGCAAAAGGAGGACAAGGAAUGCCUAACGUUCAGACUCUCUAGAGCCCCCAGUAAGGCUUGACCAAAGAGAGAGAGAAAAAAGUCCACGUACACCGUCCUGGAAAAUUGUUCCAGUCGAUGUGUUCAGGAUUGAGUCUGUUGACCUCGGUGCUGAGUGAUGAUUUGGGCGGGAUGAAAUGCAUUGGGGUUCUACGGACACUUGGAUUAUCAGAGAGAAUCUUUUGUUGGGACCACAACAUUGAAGCCAUUCGCCCAAGAGUCAGUGAGAGGUCUGAAUUUCCAAGACUUGAACAGGUUUAAGUGUCAGCCUCCGAGAACCGUCAAAGCACAUGUUCUUCAACCCAAUGAACUGUUUCCCCUCAUAGGAAAAGCCUAAACUGAGGCCUGAUGAACUUGAGAAGGAUUCCUCCCCGACGCUGAAGACCAUGGUUUUCUUUCUGACCUUAGGAUAAGCACAGAUUUUCUUGCCCCUGGAAACCAAGCGCCUGGAUGGUGGACAGGUGGAUGGCCCCCUUUCGUCUGACUAUUUAGCCUCCUAGGGUCACAUCUCCAAUUCCAGGGCCUGAGGGAGAAGCUCUGGUAUCUAACAUGACUUUGCUGAGGUUCCAAACCCCAGGAUCUUAAUGACAUGCAGCCACACAUGGGGCCUGAAGAGGCAGAGCCCACAGCCUGGAGGAGGGCUCCCCUCUAACCUGAUGCCACAGGUCCCUCCCAAGCCAGCAUCCAGGCUGGGUGACCUGGGACCCCAGGAUCUGCCUCUUGGGAAGCAGCAAACCAGGCGGGAAAUUAUUCCCACAGGGUGAGGAAGGAUGGCACAAGGGGGGGCCACAUGCAGCUCUGAUUAUUUAAAGCCAACAUUUGUCAGAAAUGAAGCUGGCACUUCCCCCCUCAUUCAUUCCCACUGGGGAUAAGAUGGGCAAGUGGACAAUUUGGGGGGUUACUGACAGGGAUGGCAUUGCCCCCCAAAUUCGCAGCAUUAGGCCAGCAGGCCUGGGGCAAUGUGGACAAUGUCGAAAGCACCUUUCAGUCCAAAUGAUACCCUAAGGCACAUUCUCUCCCACCCGAUGCUCCUACCCUUGGCAGCCCCCUGAGUGUUUGGAACUGGCUUUUCAACAUGAGGAUAGGUUGGUUGAUAUAUUAACAACCUCCACAUAAGAGUCAGAUCAGGUGAGCUUUGUCUGCUGAAAAAGAUCCCAGAUGUCAGCCCUGCUUCAAGGGUGGGCAAGAAGAGCAGGGGUGCAGAGGAACUUAGCGGAGAGAUUCUGGUAGCGAGCUGACCAAGGCCGGCGGAGUGGCAGCCUACAGAACAGUGACCUGCCAUGUCCUGUCCAAAGGGCCCGAGUUGUAGUCUUGGGCCUUAAAGGGUGAUAGGACUUCCAGACCUGGGAAAGCAUGAACGUGCUUCCUUGGAGAGGUGUCCUCUGCGCCCGUGGGUGCUAGCCCCUUAAGACGAGGUAGUUGGUGCCAGAGGUUGGAGAGAACCCCAGUAGGCAGAGACACCCCGUAUUUCUCCAAGAAGCUGGGGGCCAGAGCCCUCAGAAGGCACCUGCCCAGCAGACUCUCGGCUUUCUGACCCCAGACCCCUCUGAAAGGCCCCUUUGUCAUUAGCGGCGGCGCAAAGCUUCUCUCCUAGAAAUCUGUCUGUCUGUCACCAGGGCCCCAGGCUAUAGGAGGCAGGAAGAAGCCACAUGAAAACCUGGAGCAGAUGCGGGAGAAGGGAAGGGGCCUCCGCACAACCCAGCCGGCAUGGCAGGGGGGCGGGGGGGGGCCUCAGAACAGUGACCCCACAUCUUGAGGUCAUCGAGCAGGGCUGCAUGUGGCAGAACGGGAAGAUCUGGCAGGACGAGACUUCGGUGUCCGCUGUGGGGGCACCUGGAGCCCUCUGUUCCUCCAAGCCUAGCCCGCCCCACUUCCCGUCAAAACCCGUCCGUGCGGGCACCAUCUCCUCCAGGCUCUGGCGGGCUCCCGGCAGUGGCCCGGCGAGGAACAGAAAGCCUGGGGACACAGCAACUUCCGAAGCCAGCAUUAUUACCAACAGCUGCCUGGCAAGAAGAAUCUCCCAACACAGAGACAGCUUGUGGUUACAAAGGGAACAAGGUUAUCCAGGAGCAGAGGUGAUGUCCCUGGCCUUUCGGUUGCUAGUCACAGCCCCGUGUCUUCCCUGGAGUAAAUUUUAACACUGUAACAAUAAAUACUACUGCACAGCGCUCUACUGA